GGACAGCACAAGCGUCUAUCUUGUAUAAUACUCCAAAAGAUGCCCGAUACUCCCAUUGUCCCCAAGCGGAGCUACUCUCCCAUUCCCGACCCUGACUCCUCGCUCUCGCAGAUUUUUGCAACGAUCGUGCGUCUGGAGAACGUGAGCUCUAAUCAGAAGAAGAGCAGCUCUGGCCAAGGCUCUGGCUCGAAGCCGCCAAAGCACAGUACCCAGGCAGCUUACCAAGCGGUCCCUAAGCCCCAGCCCCCGGCCCCCCGCCCACCCAUAACCCCCGGUCCCUCGGUCCAGCACCACCCACAGCACGGCUCUUCCUCCCGUGGCGGGUCCCCAGUCACCCACAUUCCAUCGUGGGUUGAUUUCGGCCGCGCCCCAACCAAUUCUCCACAGGGCUACGACACCAAGUCGCAGAAGAAGUGA